AUGACGUCGUGGGCGGGCAUGUCCGGCUCGGACUCGCCGCCGCGGGAACCCGAACCGCCGCCCGAGUGCAGCAGCUCGACCGGCUCGUCAGCGUCGCCGCUUCCCGCGCCCCACCAGUACCGCUUCGGGCUGCACAAUGACCUCGGAAACUUCACCGCCAAACCGCCCAAGCUGUACCCUGAAACCGGUGAGCCGAGCGGCGGCGGCGGCGGAGCGGCGGCGGCGGCGUGCCCAGCGUCGGCGUCCCUGCCGACGGGGCGCUCGCCGGCGCCGCUGGUGGCCGUGCAGUCGACGCCGACGCCGCCCCCGAGCGAAGACCACCUGCCACCGAGCGGAGGCGGCAGCCUGCCACUCAGCGCCUCCUGCCACUCGCUGACGGCCGCCACGACGGGCAGCAGCCUGGGCUCCUCCAUCAACGACCUGACGCUCGAGGCCGAGCAGCUGGAGCGCGCCAUCCGCGCCAACGACGUGGCCGCUACGCGCCGCCUCCUGGAGCUGCACCACGGCCGCUUCUCGGUCAACCUGCACGGAAGCUUGCUGGACAAGAGCAGCGCCGGGUCGGCCAGCCAGGACAUGGAGAUCCUGCUGCGCAAAAGCCAGACGCUCAUCGACCGCUUCGGUCGCGGUGACUCGGUCUCCACGGACCUGGAGCCCGUGCCGGCCGUGUUCGCAUCCGCACUGCACCUGGCCGUCGAACAUCAAGCGCUCGACGUGGUCGGCCUCUUGCUCAAGUACGGCGUCGAGCCCAACGAGGCCGGCGUGCCUUUGGGCAGCCUGCGCCGCGGAAGCUCGGCUGCCUCCGAGGCCAGCGGCUCGCUGCGCCGCGCCACGCUCAGCCCGCGCGCCGCGGGCCAUAGCCCCGAGCAGGCGCCGUCACCCGAGCUGCGACGCCGCAAGUACGUGCCGCUGCGUCCCGAGCUGGCAGCCUCGCUGCGCGUCGUUCGCUACUCGCCCGACGGCCGGGAGAUAACCUUCGAAGAAGAGUACACGCGCGACUUCCUCUACAGCCUGCCGCCGCUGUUCCUGGCCGCCGCGCUGGGCCGCACGGCGGCGGCGCGGCUGCUGCUCAAGUACGGCGCCGCCGCCAGUCCCCGCGACAAGAACGGCGUGACGCCGCUGCACCUGGCCGCCUGUCAGCCGCAGCCGUCGUGGCCCUGCCUGCGCCUGCUGCUCGAAGCCGGCGCUCGCAUCCACACGGCCAACCUGCGCGGUGCCACUCCCUGCGACCUGGCCGAAAGCGACCUGAGCGCCGUGCAGAUCUCGCUCGUCGAGGCUGCCUUCGCAGGUGCGCAGAACGCCGCGGCUGCCGCAGCCGCGGUUCUCCAGACCGCCACUCCUGGGGCGUCCAAUGCCGCAGCAGCAGCCGGCGCCGUUCCCGCCGCGGCAUCGUCGGUGGCGCCCGCCGCGCCGCCCAUCAAGCAAUCCCAAGAAGAGAGCCACGCGACACGAUCCAACAUACUGCGCCGCCUUCAGGACUCGAGGCCGGGCCAGACACACCGUGGCUCAGCCCGCAAGAAGGAGCCACCCGAUGAGCUGGCUCCGUCACCAGACGGCCCACCACCGUCUGGACGACAGCGAAGCCCCGGAGUCCUCACCACCGCGCCCGAUGAAGACAAGACGCAGGAAAGAGUACCCAGCGCGGAGCCCCAGUGUUCCAAGCUGAACCGCCGCAAAAGCGGCGACGAUGGCAGACUGAGAACCAAGUGCAACACACCAUCUGCCGAAGAAGUCGAGCCGGCCAGUCAGAAGGUGGACGCGAGCCUGGCGGCGCUCACGCGCAUGGCGCACAACCCCGAGUGCCUCGACAGCAUCCUUUCCGGCCUUCAGCGUCACCUGGGGGCCAUCAUCGAGCUGACGCUGCUCGUGGACGGCGACCGGCUCCAGCGCCCACUCGCGGCCCUCUUUAACCGCAUCCUGCUGACGGUAACAACCGAGCAGAGCGACACAGGAGACCCGGCUGCCGACGAGGACAUGGUGCCCGCACACAUGUGCCAACUUCUACGCGUGGCGCUGAGCAGCCUGCGCGGUGGACAGGCACUGCAGUUCACCGCUCUGCUGCUCAUCAACAAGUUGGUGGACCUGGGCGUAGCCCGGGGCCUGGCGUUGAGGCCCAGCCGGAACCGCUCCUCCGGCCGCUGCUCGGCGCACAGACUGGCCGCACUGUGGCACCAGUCAUCGAGCCUCAAGGAGAACCACGGCUUCCAGCCUCUGCCCUCGCGUUACCGGGCGGACCAACGUGUUUGUGUAGGCGAGAAGUUGUGUGGGACGGACAGCAAGAAGAUGACGGCGGUGACGAAGAUCAUAUGA